AUGGCUUCGCUUGUCUACGGCCUUCUGGCCCUACUGGUCGGCAUCGGCGCCUUUUCCAUGUACAAGUUCGCCCUCCCAAAGCCGCUCCCAGGUAUCCCAUACGACAUCGCCUCGCGCAAGCGUGUCCUCGGAGACCUGCCUGAUGCCACAGCCUGGAUGCGCGAACGAAAAGAAUUCUGGUCUUUCCUCCAAGCUCGCUGCCAACAACUCAACUCGCCAAUCGUCCAAGUAUGGAUGCAACCACUGGGCAAGCCGUUCAUCGUCGUGAGCGACUACCUCGAGACGCAAGAUAUCAUGGUCCGUCGACAUGCCCAAUUCGACCGGAGCGCUUGGCUUGGCGACAUGUUCUGGGCCAUCGCACCUCGAAACAUGACCCGUUUCCUGACAAACGAUGACUGGCGAGCGCACCGAAGACUGAUGGCAGAUGCGAUGAGUCCGGGAUUCCUUCGAAAUGUGGCGAGCCCUCACGGGCAUGCGGGUGCAUCGUCGCUGAUCAAGCUCUGGAAGAGCAAGAUGGAUCUUGCAGAAGGACGUCCUUUCUCCGUGUUCGAUGAUGUGAUCAAGUCCGCGAUGGAUGCCAUGUGGAGUGCGGUGUUUGGGUCCGAGAUCAGUACGACUCAGGGACAGAUCGAUGCUCUGACAGGGCGGAGUGUGCUACUUUCUUCAGACCGGAAUGUGCCAGUGGAGUUUCCUCAAGCUGAUGAUCCUGAGACGUUCACGGCAAUGUUGACACUAGGCAAUAGCGUGGCGUGGGCAGCAUCGAGUCCGUUGCCCAAGACUACACAUUGGCUGGCCGUCAACCUUAUCCCGAACUUGAGGAGGGCGAUGAAGCUUAAGAGGGAUUACCUAUCUGGUAUGCUCCAUGCAGCAUCCCACAAGUUUGCCACUUCGCAAGACGAGGGCAAAGUCAAACAUGUCUUGGACUUAGUCGUGCAGCGAGAAGUAACGCUCGCCAAGAAGGAAGGUCGAGCUCCAGAGUUCGACACCCAGGAUAUCCGCGACGAACUCUUCGGCUUCCUCCUAGCCGGCAACGAAACAACCUCAGCAACAAUCUGCUGGGGCCUAAAAAUGCUCUCCGACCACCCCCGAGUCCAACACAAACUCCGAACCAUCCUGCAAGAAUUCCACAUCCAAGCCAGACAAGAAGGCAGAACUCCCAGCCCGCAGGAGAUGUUCAACGCAAACAUCCCAUACCUAGAAGCCACAUUAGCAGAAAUCUUACGGCACGCAGGAAGUGCACCAGGGAGUACUCGCCGGACGAUGGAGAAUACGGAGAUUUUUGGACACCAGAUUCCGAAGGGGUACGAUGUGUUGAUGCUCAUGAAUGGCGCUGGGUACACUUCUCCAGCUCUGCCCAUCGACGAGAGCCGACGGAGUAUGCAAUCCGUUAAAGCCAGCGACAUUGCUGGGAUGUGGGAUGAGUCCGACAUUAGCCAAUUCGUGCCAGAGCGUUGGCUGGUCACAGAUGAGAAGGGCCAGGUGACGUACGACCAAAAGGCUGGUCCAUUCCAGUCCUUUGGCGCUGGCCUCAGAGGGUGUUUCGGCCGUAAGCUCGCCGAGCUGAAUCUUUGGACCUUUUUCACAUUGAUACUAUGGGAAUUCGAGCUGCUUGCGCCGCCUGAGUCGUAUCGCUCCUACCUCGGGUUGGACAAGAGCAUGCACCAGCCGCAGCAGUGCUAUUACCGAGCGCACUCCAUCGAACGAGAGCCCAUCAAUCCCACAUUGGCUUUGUCUGAGCCAAAGUCAAGUAUACAACCCUCCAGACUUCACUCCGACACCACACACCUUUCACGUCCACCUCCACCUCCACCUCCACCUCCACCUCCACCUCCACCUCCAACAAUGGCCCUCCGCACCCUUCUCCGCACACCACCAGCUCUCCGCUCACUCCUCCUCCAACAAACAGCAUCCCGCGCCUCAUACCACUCGUACGAACACAUCGAACCGCCUCCAUACCGCGAAACAGAAUCCGCCAUCCUCUCCUCCGCCCUCCGCCACGUUCCAACCCAUGGCUUCACCCAGCAAUCCCUCACCCUGGGCGCAAAAGACAAUGGAUACCUCGACAUCUCCACAAACCUCUUCCCCAAUGGCGCCUUCGACCUCGUUCUCUACCAUCUCGUCACACAAAGGUUGGGUCUGAAAGAUCGCAUACACUUCCCCGAAAAUAUUGGUGUAGGCCGCAAAGUCAGAUCCCUCAUCCUCGAACGACUGCGCGGGAACGACGAUGCGGGCGUAGUAGGGAAGUGGCGGGAAGCGUUGGGGUUGAUGUCGCUAGCAGAGAAUAUCCCGAAGAGUCUGAAAGAGCUGGCGGCGUUGAGUGAUGAGAUGUGGUUCCUUGCGGGGCACGUGAGUGUGGAUUCCACCUGGUACACCAAGAGGGCGAGUUUGAGUGGGGUGUAUGCGGCCACUGAGGUGUUUCAGACGACGGAUCAGAGUACGGAGUAUAGGGAUACGGAGGAGUUCUUGGACAGAAGGUUGGAGGAGGUGAGGGUUGUGGGUGGUGCUGUGGGCGGUACGAUUGAGUGGGCGAGCUUUCAGGCGGGGAGUGUGGUGAAUUUGUUGAGGAGUAAGGGUGUGAGGAUAUGA